AUGCCCACCGCGGCCCACCGGUCCGGCGAUGGGCCAUCAUCGCAGGGUGUCCAGCAUUCGUCCCAACAUCCACUUCGAGAAGCAUCACCUGUAACAUCAUCAGCAGCAGUAGCAACAGCAACUGCAACGACUGCAGCAGCAGCAGCAGCGUCACCUUCUUCCCCUUUCGUAGCCCGUCACAGUCCCAAGGCUCGCCCACGAACUCUCAACAACCAGCAUCAUCCUUAUCGCAUAGAGCUUCUCGAUCUCACUCCCGUCUCGGUCUCGUUGCUAUGGUCCACCCGUCCUCCGCCUCUUAGUGCCAUCCCACUCGAAGCCAUCAACACGCAGCUGCGCAAACGCGUCAAAGCUCGGGGCUCUAGCAAUGCCGCCCAUCGCAGCUCAUCGCCCGGCCGCACCUCUGCUCGAGCCACCGCAGUAUCACCAUCGCCUACUUCUACUACUGCUGCUGCCGCCUCCAAAUCCAGAGGUCCCGCAACAGCUCAAGCCUCGGACAGAAGUGCCAACAAUGCAUCCAAUCAAUCGCUCGAGACUCCCAUCUCGAAGCUCACCGACGGUCUCGUAGCAACGCGAAGCUUGAAUCGCAAGGUCACAAAGAUUCGCCUCCGUGCCCCUCCACCUGUCGCAGUUCAGCAUAGAAGAAGCUCGAACAGCUCGGCUCCAUCCGACUCGGCUCAUAAUUCCGCCAAUGACGACGACGCAUCCGAUGAUGGCGCCGCCGCUGCCGAAGACGAGAUUGGCUCUGCUUCUGAUGCUUCCGACUCGGGCUACGAGGGGACGUCCGACACUCGCCAUCAUGUCACAAGCGUUUUCAAGGACCGAGUCUCCAUCAUCGUCAACGGUCACGACUGGUCCCACGUCCUGCUCGGAGAACGCGGCUCCCACGAGGCCAUCGUCGUCAUUUUUGGACUCGAACCCGAGUCAGACUACGACAUCCAAUUCCUCGUCAAGGCCGGUCUCGAUGGCACUCACGACGCUUUCCGUGCGACGCUGCGCACCCGAGCUGAACGCGACUCGCCUCGUUCCAUCGACUCUGCCCCCGCUGUCCGCUCAGCUUCACCCUCGCCCCUUGGUCGUCUCCCCGUGUCUGCACCGGAGGUGGAUGUGGUCGAAGCUGCGCCUCGGCGUCUCGCUGUCCUUCAAGCUGAGCUCGACGCCAGCGAGGCUCACAAAGCCGCCCUCCUUGCAGAGGUCAAACGCGCCAGAAAGGAGUCCUCCAAGCAUGAAGCUGGCCUCCGACACGAGAUCGACGCCGUCAAACGUGGUAUGGAUCGAAUGAGUGCCACCGAUCACCGCAGUCGUCAAAAGGUGUUGGCGUUGCAGGAGCUCAUCAAGCAGACCACCGUCCACACAAAGGAGAUUCACGAGCAAGCAGAACUCGCCGAAAAGGAACAACCACAGUGGGAAGAGCAGGACGCCAAUCUCGAAGUUCAAGUGGAAACGCUGCUCAAGCAGGUUGAGGCAGAAGAGGCCGCAGCACAGGCCGAGUGGGAUAAGGACGAUGCAGCCCUUGCCGCUCUCGAGAAGGAUCUCCGAUCGCUGGAAGCCUCGGCAAAGGCACUUGAAAUCGAGCGCGACGAGUUGCGCGAUGACAAGCUGGCCUCAAUCCAGUCCGAGAUCGAACGGGUUAAGGAACAGUCCCGAGAGGCUCUUGCCAGGCCACCAGGGGGGCUUGGCGCCAACGCUCGACGCGGUGGUGCGGCUGUAGCCGGCUCGCAACGCGGCGGACAUCGUCAUGCAAGCGGCCCUCACGCGCCUCUCAAUGCUGCAGGCCACAAGGGCAAGCCAGGAGGCAGGGGAGGCAAGAUGGCCGGUUUUGGCAACCGUGCUGUCUCAGGACCAGCUGGGCAGUUCGGCGGGCCGGGCAACAACAGCAGCAACAGCACGGGAUUCGCUGGAGCCUCGCGCGGCUUCAUGCAAAGCUUUGGAAAGGGUUUCCGUCGUGGACAGCAUCAGAACCAACAGACACAAAGCUUCGAUGCGAUGGCUGGCACGAACUAUGCUCCCGGCGCCGCGUCUCAGCAAGGCUCCAUGCUGCCUUCUGGGCAAGCCUACCUUCCGGAUCAAUCGGCGAUGGGCAUGGGUGGAUUCGGCGCCAACGGUACGUACGCUACUUUGGACUCUUUCUACAGCCAAGCACAAACGCAACCCACUCGAUUCCCCUCAGGUGCCUCUGAGGUGAGUCAGGAUGAUCUUUACGAUCCUACGCUUGGGUUUGACCCGUACGACCCGUCCAUAGAUGCUCGCCGCCGAUCGAGUCUGCCCAUCCCGCAAGUCUCGUACAACCCGCCUCAGCCCAGAUUGCCCGCGUCCUCGACCACAACGACACUCAACCCUGCCAAUCCCGAGUUCGUCCCCUCGACUGGGUCGAAUCACGAAUCCCCGGUCAUCAGCAAGAACCCUUCCGCUUCUUCUGCUUCGGCCCCAGCUAACAAGACGAGUGCAGCAAGCACAGCGGUCACAGCGGUCACCUCUGCGACAGCCCUGCCUGCUCACGCUGCCAUCGCGACGCAGUCACCACCACCCGGGGUGGCUUCUGUCGAGCACUCGCCCACGUCUUCUUCCCGAUUCGCCUUCCCACUCGCUCGCCACCUCCCGACCUCGAGUAUCAGCAGCAAUGGCGGCGGCGGCGGCGGCGGUAGUGGUGGUGGCGCUGCGUCUUCGCUGACCAGCAAGUCGAGCUCGUCGGCGCUUGCAUCACCUCCCGGUGCUAGCGCCAAUCCGAACAAUAUUCUGAACCUGCCGCUGGGGUCCGACCUCAGUGUGCCGCCUUCGGGUAGCUUGGGAUCCAGCUUGUUCUCGAUGGGUGCACCGGGCACGGCUAGUCCGUUUUCGAGACACUCACCGUUGCUUGCGCAAGGUCUUGAUGGGUCGACCGGUUCAGCUGGGAUGACGGGUUUUGCAGGCGCAAGCCCUCGGUUCGGGCAGAUGGGGUUGCAGGGGCAUGCAAUUGGAUUGACUGGUAAUGGCAGGGUCGGCGGUGACGAUUUGACUUCGAGCUCGGCACCGUUUGGCACCUCGUCCAAGUUCGGGCCGCUGGACUACGACCCGAGCCUGGACAACUUCGGUCCCGCUCCCGGUCUGUCGGGCGGACUGAGCUCUGCACCUGGCGCCAAUGCGCCUGUCGUCGCGACGGGUGGAUUGCCGCCGUUCAGCUCAAGCACCAUGUCGUCGAUCUUUGGCGCGGCCGAUACAUGGUCUCCGCCCGUAAGCAAUGCCUCGACGUCGGGGUGGAUCACGUCGUCGCCUCCGCUCGGCAGUGGGGGUGGGAGCGGCAGUGGUGCGGGCGGAGCCGGUGCGGGGAGCGAUAUCUGGACCGCACCCGGUUUACCGGGUGUGUCGCAGCUCAGGACGAAACUGUCGCUGACGGACUUGGCGUCGCAGACGAAUGCGAGCCCGUCCGGGUCACCGGCUGGCGGCAAUGCUGCUGUUGCGGGUGCCGCACCGUUCGGCGCCUUUGGAAACGCAAGGUUGGGCGCGCUAGGCAGUACCAGUGUGCCGAAUCGAUCGAGUCCGCUUGCGAGCCCUGUGACCGCUACCAGCCCUGCGGUCGCCGUCGCUGCUGACCGAGACGGAUCCAAAGACGAGAAGCACGAGACUCAGCUGCAGUAG